AUGGCUAGGAAUGCUCUCCUCUCGCUAUGCCUGGCUCUCAUGCUAUCUGUCGCGCCAGCACUGAGUGAGACAGUCACUCCGCGCAUGUUUCCAUCCUCCGGCGGAACUGCCACCAUAAGCUAUAAGGGCAGCGGUGGGUUGAGGGCCACGUGCAAGUUCGAGCAUGGUGUUGAGACCGUGGGGCCGACUGAGGGGGAGUCAGGGUCUAUCACGUGCCCUGUCCCCAAGCUGGACGGCAGCAGCUACCGGACCUCGCUCACCGUUCAUUUGGACGGCCGGACGCUUCAGACGGCAGCUCCCAUCGUGUAUUACAGCAAGCUCAAGACGAUGCGCGUGAGCCCCCGCCAGGUGUCCAUGUUCGCGAGCACCGACGUGGAGGUCACGCUGAAAGCCCGGUCCUCACCCUCCGGGAUCGACUCUCUGGCCGACGCCUCGGGUCUGAUCCCCCUUGCCGCCGCCCCGGCGUUCUGCUCCUUCGACGGUCUCCGCGUCCCCGCAAAGCGCGUGCUCUUCACUGAGGAACCCACCGACUUCGACGAAUUAGAAACCGGGGACAACGCCCUGGUCACGUUCGUGGUCACGUGCCAGUCCCCGCCCAACCUCGACGUCGGCACGGCAACGGUCAGGGCCUCGCUCGACGGGACUGUUACCGCCGCCGGGUCCGCCGCGUUGACCGUCAGCUACUCGCCCGAUUUCAUGGGCGCGUCGGCAGCACUCGACAGCAUGGCGAACGUGGCGGUGCUCGGGGGAAUGUCCCGGGACGACUCCGAGGACGACUACCGCUGGUCGCGCUUCCUCAUGGACGACCUCACCGACGGCGAGUUCGACUUCUACGCGCCGUGCCCCUUCUACGGCCCGCCGCCCCCGGGAGGAUCCCCUGGGAGCCCCGGGGGAUCCCCCCCCGGCAGCCCCGGUGACGCUAACCCCCCCGGUUGCCCUGGUAACCCCGGCUGCCCCGUCCCCGGUUCUCCCGGGAGCCCCUCCGCCACGGGUGCACCCGGUUCCCCGGGCAGCCCCGGUGGCCCGGGCGGCCCCGGUAACCCUGGUUCCCCCGGUUCCCCUGGUUCCCCCGGUUCUGGCAGCCCCGGCUCCACCGGUUCCCCUGGUUCUGGCAGCCCCGGCUCCACCGGUUCCCCUGGUUCCGGGAGCCCAGGAUCCACCGGCUCCCCCGGUUCUGGCAGCCCCGGCAGCGGUUACCUGACUGCUUGCGAGAUCUGCUUCGAUCCGACACACACCGGGCAAUGCACGGCUCUCGACCUCACGUGCACGACCGACGGCGGCGGCUUCGGCCCGUGCACGCGCACCGGCGACUCCCUGCUCUUCCCGCAAGAUCCGGUUCCGGCGUUCUCCGCGGUCUGCACCAACAACGGAACCGGACUCCGCCUCGCGACCCCGCUCGCCUCCCCCCAGGAGUGCUCGACGCUGACGCCCCUGACUACGAUCAAGCAGAAGAUGUUGGAAACCAAGUUCGUCACGCUGACGCAAUCCGCGGCGCUUCUUUCCGGCUGCUUCGGGCUGCCAGCUCAGCCUGACGUCUGCAACUACGACGCCCUGGCGGGGAUCACGCAAGCGAUCCUCGGGGAUGCCGCGAAUGCGGACCAGUAUGCGGCGCUCAUUCUGCUGACCGGCGGGAAGAUCACCAGCGUUGGGGUUCUGGGCGAAAGUUUGAUCGGCGGGCCGGUGGGACUGGUCGCCGACCUGAUUAACACCAUUAUCAGCGGCAAGUGCAUGUCGACCAAUAGCGUGACGACAGGUGGCAGCCGCCGGCUCCUUUCGACCGGGUCCGCCCUCCAGUUAGAGGACGUUAGCUUCCUAACCCAGGUCAUUAACGACACGAUCAACACGGCGAGCCUGCUCCAAGUUGCGGGGCUGAACAACAUUUCCAGCGACGCGAUCACGGCGGUCGUUCAGGCGAUCGCGGUGGUUAACGCGAAACUGCAGGAGUUAGUGGCUAACCCGUCCUACGUGGCGUCGAUGAUGGGCAACGCCACGGCUUCCGCGGAGCUCCUGAAGCGGCUUUACACCAUCGACGUGGUUACGCAAACCACGUUCAAAACCAACAUCCAGGCGCUCGCCAACGGCACGCUGAGCCUCGCCGACUUCCAGGCCGCAACCAGCGCCGAGGCGUUCGAAGUCGCGGCUGCGAAGGUCGUCCUUCCCGAGAGCCCGGGGAUCCCUCCCCCGGCCCUUCCUCCCGCCACAUCCCCCCCUACAAACGCCCCGGUUACGCCCCCCGCGGUGGUUUCUUCCAAGAGCACCACGAACGUCGGCGCGAUUGUCGGCGGAGUUGUCGGCGGGUUCUUCGGCGUGGCGCUCAUCGCGGCCGCGGUCGCGUGGGUCGUUAUGCAGAGAAAGAAAACCGCUGGUCAGUUUGGAGCUCUGUACCCGGAAACCGCCGCCGGGCCGUCAGACGCCCCUCAACCCGCCCCCGCUUACGUUCCCCCGGCCGAAACUUCCGCCCCGGUGAACCCCCCCGAGGAGCCAGCCGCCCUCAAGAGGCCCUCCGUCCGCACCAGCGCUAGUGCCUCAGGUCAAAGAGAGGACCCGGUUUAA